AUGGCCGAGGGGGACAUCUCCAGACAGCUCCAGGGACAUCACACGCUGCCCAAACACUGGACUUACUUGCAGCCAGGUCCAGUCACUGCCUUGUCAGAGGCCCGUCCACGGGGGCUUCCCACUGCUGCACUGGCAGACACCCCAUCUUUGGGGGCAUCGCCCCCCUCCCAGCUGAGCACUGGCUCCCUGGAGGAGGACCUGGGGCUCCUCCUGGGAGACAGCCUGGAUGAGGUCCCAGAGAAGUUUGAGUCAGGCUGCCUGGAGCCAGCCACCCCCGUACCUGAGCAGAACACUCCUGGACGCUGGAGGCAGCUGGAGCAGUGGCUGGCCGACCUGCAGGCCGAGAUGGUCACUCUCCGGGGACAGCAGGACCGCUGCACACGUGUCACACUGAGACUGAUGCAGGAGCUGCAGCAGGGUGUACGGCAGGUGGCCCGGGACCCUGAGCAGGAGCGCCAAGCCCCCACCUCCUCCUCACAGCACACCAACAGCCCAAGCCAGAUCCAGAUGCAGGCCCUGGACAGGAGGUUGGUGGAGGUCCGCGAGUCCCUGGCUCAGAUCCGGAGGAAGCAGGCUCUCCAGGACUCAGAGCGCAAGAGCUCAGACCAGGAGCUGACCCUCAGGCUGACCAAGCUUGUGGGAAAGCUAAAGCAAGAAGGCCAGGACCGGAAGCUGGCCUGUAAUACCCUGCAGAAGAGCCAAGAGGAGGCCAGCCAACGCUUGGACCACGAGAUAGCCAAGAUGCAGGCGCAGGUGACCAAGCUCGGGGAGGAGAUGAGCCUGCGCUUCUUGAAGAGGGAGGCCAAGCUGUGCAGCUUCCUGCAGAAGAGCUUCCUGGCCCUGGAGAAGAAGAUGAAGAACGCGGAGGGCUCCCGGCAGCAGACGGAGACCAGUCUGUGGGAGGAGCUGGAGACCCGCUGGCAGAAGCUACAGGAGAGGAACGCCGAGUAUCUACUGUCUCUGCGCGAGCAGCGUGAGCGGGAAGAAUCGCACCUUCUGGAACAGUGUCGGGGCCUGGACCGGGCGGUGGUCCAGCUCACCAAGUUCGUGCGGCAGAACCAGGUGUCCCUGAACCACGUCCUACAGGCCCGGGACCCCAAGGGGCAUGUGGAAACUAGCGAGGCCAGGGAGCUGGCCACCUACCUGCAGGAGAACCUGGAAGCACUGCGGCUGGCAGGCGAGUUGGCCCAGCAGGAGGCAAGCAGUGCACUGGAACUGCUUCAAGAGAAGAGUCAGGCCCUGGAGGUGUCUGCCCAGGAGCUGGCCAGGCAGGUGAAGGACCUGGCUGACCACUUCGUGGCCCUGAGCUGGAGAAUAGACCUGCAGGAGCAGACGCUGAACCUGCGACUGUCCGAGAUGAAGAGUGAACGGGAAGGCAUAGAGAGGAGGCCCCUGGAGGACUUAACUCGGUGGCGGCAGGAGACUGAGGCGCACCUGAGGGAGGUGCGCGAGAAGGUGGACAGCCUCCCCCGGCAGAUAGAAGGUGUCUCAGACAAGUGUGCCCUGCACAAGACUGACUCAGACCUGAAGAUCGCCAACGAGGGCAAAGCUAGGGAGUUCGAGGUGGGGGCAUUGCGGCAGGAGCUGUCCACCCUGCUGACCUCGGUGCAGCAGCUUAAGGAGGACCACCCUGCACGAAAGAUCGCAGAGAUCCAGGGCAAGCUGGCCACAUUCCAGAACCAGGUCAUGAAGUUGGAAAACAGCCUCCAGGACAACAAGACUAUUCAGAACCUCAAGUUUAAUACGGAGACCAAACUGCGGGUGGAGGAGAUCGCCACACUGCGGGAGAGCGUGAUGCGGCUGUGGAGCGAGGAGGGUCCAUGGGCGCUGACCCUGGGCAGCCGCAGGGUCCUCAUGUCCUUGGUGCGCCAGCGCUUCUUCAUCAAGGACGUCGCCCUCAGCGAGCUGGCCUCAGUGAACCAGUGGGGCUUGUACCAGGCCACCAGGUGGUUGCAGUGGAAGGCGCUGCUCAUGAGCCUGGUGCCCCGACGGAGGACGAACUAG